GAACCAGCCAUUUGGGUAGUCAUAAUCCUACCUUCCUAUUCACCAAAAGCCAACAAGCAGUAUACUUUAGUCCCUUUACCUCAUCGUAAGAGUUGCACAAUGUCCUAAUUAAUUAACACAUGAAAUGAAAUAUAAAACAAAGACAAUAUGUGCAAUGUACGGCACUAUAUAAGCCACUUUUGUGUUAGAAACAAAUUUGAAUCUUUUGCUUCAUAAGAUACAGGCAGAAAAUUGAGGUCUCUCCAAAGCUAUGUCACCCAAUCAAUAUUUAAGCCAAUCAAAGUCAGAAUAUUAUUUAUUAUAUAAAAAAUAAAAUAAAAUCAGAACAGAAUUCCAAUGAGAUUCCUUUUUUGGACGUUAAUCUAAAAAAACAAAAAAAGCCAGCUCCCAGGAUUCGAUGAAUCCUAGAAAAUAACACCGCGGACCUCUCAGGCCAAUCAAAAUAAUGAAAACCUUAACAAAAUGAAGAACUUUGUGGAACCCAUAAACUAUAACGUUAAUCCCUCUCAGGCUUCACAUACAAGUCAAGAAUAUGUUAUCUAGAGCACUAGAAGCAAAACCUAGAUGGAGCCCUAGUCCUAGAUAUGGAGAUAAUAUCAGCUGCAAACUGGGCUCCAUUCUUGAAUAUUCUGAUGAAGAUUGUUUGGUGGGUUUUAUAGAUGAUAUGCCUUUGGUUUUCUGUGGGAAUAAUACUGAAUCCCACUUGACUUUAAGAGAGAUUUUAAGGGCAUCUGUUGCUGUCAUGGGAGAAAGCCGUUUAGGCAUGACUGAAAAGGCUGUUUUGUUAGAAGGAAAGAUCUACGCAGUUAAGAGGUUUAGAAACGUUUGUGUCGGUAGACGUGAGUUUGGAAAGAGAGUUGAAAGGUUGGCUCGAGUUAGCCAAAAAUGUGACUAUCUUGUUCCUGUUCGUGCUUAUCUUUAUGCUAAGAGGAUCAAGUUUGUUCUUUCUGAGUAUUAUCCUAUGGGAAGUCUGGCUGACUUGCUUUCUGCGGGAAGGCAAUUUGGUCACACUGCCUUGGAUUGGCAUCAAAGGCUAAUGAUAGCUCUAGACAUUGCACGAGCAAUUGCUUUCGUCCACACACAAUGUCCUCCAUAUGAAAAGAAAAUGCAGAUGAAUGUGCACGGUAAUAUAAAAGCCUCUAACGUCAUGAUAAAUAGCAACUUUUCUGCGUGCCUGUCCGAUUAUGGGUUGGCUCAGUUGGCAGAAAUCGAGGAAGUUUCCGAUACAUGGCAGAGGAAGCCACCGCCAUAUAUGCAGCCAGAAUAUAUUUACAGCGAUGAAUGUUGUCAAAAGAGUGAUAUUUACAAUUUUGGGAUAAUAUUGCUGGACAUGCUAGGAGGACCAAUGAACUGCAUAAUAGAAAGGAAAGAAGAGAUUAAAAGAGGUAAAAUUCAGUUUUUUGAAUUUUCUGUGCAGGGGAAAGAAAAGCAGCAGGCAUUGAAAGUCUUGGAUAUUGCAUUGGCAUGCAAAAACGUAUCGCCUGAUGCUAGACCUUCAAUAGAACAAAUACUAGAAUAUUUUGGAGAUGUUAUAAGUACCAAAUAAAUGAAUUAUUUGUUUCUGUAAUUUUAUUCUUCUGUGGACAGAGAAUGUAUUUGUUAUGCAGCAUUUGGUGAUGUGCAUGAGAUUUUUUUGUUAUUUCAGAUUGUUGAUUACCAUCAUUGAAUGGUACAUAUAUAUAUAUACUAGUUUGGUAAUUUAACUCAUUAUUAUAUGCUUGGUAAAAUAAAAUAGUUUUUUUUUUUUUUAAUUUUAAUGUAUUCAAUAGAUUAAAUUUUAUUAUCUUAUAAAUCCUUAUGUAAUUAUAUAUCUUAUUUAAAUAAAAUUUUAUAAUUUUACAAAUAAAAAUAUAUUCGGUAAACUUUCACCAUUUGAAUAUAAUCGUUUUCUAAUUAUAAUGAUUUUUUUAAAAUAUUUUAAUAAUGCGACUACUAUCUGUUUUUUUAUUUGGUUAUUUUUCUUUAUAAUAUAAUACUUGACUUUUUGUGUUAUUAUUAAUUUAUUUUUUAGUAUGAUAUAUUUUAAAAAUUGAUUUUUGAUUACAAUAUAUUUAUUUUUAUAUAGUCAAAUCCUACUCUUCACAAUUAGAUUUAUUCUAUAAUUUCACAUAAUUUUUAUUCUAGAAAGGUACUUAUGUUUUAUUAAAAUUUUAAUUAUUAUUACUUUUUACUUGAUAUUAUAAGAUCGUUUUUUUCU